CGUUGAACUACUACAUAAACGUUCGACGAAAACGUUUCAAGCAGAGUUCGUGUCACAGAGUCGUAGCGACUGUGCCUUUGAGUAGCGAUGCUGCGGCUACUACUGGUAUUGAUAGCUGUGACGGCCGACGGGGUCGACUUGUACGGGUUCAGCCAAUGCACCAACAACCAGCGCACACUGUUUUACUACUCGUCCAUCGCUCAAACGUGCGAAUCCAAUGCGACCCUCGUCACCCUUCCUCCCGUCAACGGUCUGGACUGCUCGUUUCCUUGUCGUCAAGGAACGUUCCUCGGUGCAGACUUUUCUGGUCCCACGCCCGUGUCUGGAUGCGAGCGCUGUCCGUCGGGGUCGUUUUCCCUCGGCGGGGGAGUAUCCUACUCGAGCAUGACCAACGCGUGGUCCCGAUCGCUGCCGCCAGCGUUCGACACGGAAUGCGACUCCCGCGAUGCCAAUUCCGGGGUGUGGGUCAACAACUGCCUGCCGUGGACGUCGGACGCGUCGGGGGGCUAUGUCAUGUCUGGGAACAACUCGAACAUCGCGUCCACGUACAACGCCGACCGACUGUACGCCAUCUUGAGGCUCACCGCCACGUUUGUCCGCCCAGGCAACCUCACGUUUCAAUUCAAGGUGGAUGCUGAGCCCCCGUAUGAUGGGCUCAUCUUUAUGAUUGAUGGCAUCGUGGCCAUGACGAUGGUGUCCACUACGAAUGGCUGGGCUGAAGUCACCUAUGGGGUCAAUCCUGGUUCCCACGUGUUUGUGUGGAAGUACUCGAAGAACAGUGGGGGCGACUGGGGGCUAGAUCAAGCCGCCAUCCGGCUCGUCGAGUUCACAGGCACAAGCUUUGCGGACACGUCUUGCUUGCCUUGUGGGGGGGACAUGACACGGGGAAGUCGACGCCAGUGCCGCCUCUGCGACGCCAAUCAGUAUGCUGGGCUGGACGCCAGUCGGUCGUUCACGUGCUUUCCUUGCCCGUUCAACUCAUUCGCCCCUGCAGGCUCCAUGAGCAUCGACUCUUGUGUGGCCAGUCGGCCUUGCGAUGUGACCGACAUGGCGGUGUACUACACCCCGUGCGCCAACAAUAAGCGCAAUGUAUCGCGCGUGUGGGCCCGGCCCAUGACGUGCAAUGUCAGUUUACCAUCGGCAACUCCAUUGCCCGUGAACGAAGUCAACGUUGAAUGCGGAGACUGCACUGAGGGCUACUACCCCGACUCUACUGGAGUGUGUCAAACUUGUGCGGAUGGCCAAGUAAUUGAUAUCUACGGCAACUACUCGUACGCAAUGAACUCGACAACGUCGGAGAAUUCCACCAACACGGUCGACACGAAAGAGGCCGGCGUGAUAUCGCUGUGUGCCAGGUGCCCCCCCGGAACCAUCAGCAUCCGGUCGCAGCUGUACGGCAUCAUCACGCGACGGGGGUGGAGUUUGUGGCCCGCCAUUGUGGACAACGUCACAGCCGUGCGAAGCGGAUGGAAGUUGACCGAGCAAGGCAUCACCCGCGACACGGCCCUGAACCCCCAGUGGCUUCCAAUUGCACCACUACUCUUCAGCACAUUACACGCGAACCGGGGGGUUCUCGAGAUCAACUACACGCUUUCAGGCAUCCCCACCACCCCCGGCAACAAGGCGUGGCUCGAAUUAUACGUCAACGAUGUCCAAGUCGCGAUUGCAAACCCAUCGACCAACGGCACUUUCCUCCACCAAUCGCAGCUCAGCCCCCGCCUGGACGGCAACUCGACCCUAGCGGUGCUCUUCGUAUGGCGCACGGGCAGUUCAGCCGCCGACAAGGCGUCGAAUGUGCUCAUUCGGUCUGUGAAACUGUCGGGAACUGUUUCUGGAGGCACGAGUGGAUGUGGCAACUGCCCGACGGGAUAUCAGCCCACCGCGAAUCAAACCUCGUGCGCAAUGUGCCCCGCUGGCUCGGCCGCAACCAUUCUUGGGGGUGGGGGUAUCGGCUGCACGCAGUGCCCGUCCGACACGUUUUCGUAUGCCGGUGCCGGCAUUUGCUCUCCGUGCGGCACCAACACGUACAGUGUACCUGGGUCGACCAUUUGCCGUGUCAAGCAGCUUCUCAUGGACAGCGACGCAGGAGUCAUGUACAACUUGACUGCGCUGCAAGCCUUGGUCGACCCAUUGGUAGAUUUAGACGUGGCGUCGGGGUACCUUCCCCUGUCGCCCGUGAAUUCGACCACGCCCAUCAUAUUGAACGCUACAACUGCGACGUUGAUCGGCGUGUUCCGACCCAUCGUACCCCAGAUUCCUGCGCAGUAUGUCGUGGCGUCGUCGUCGCUUGUUAACACUGGUGCCUUGCUUGUGGGGUCCCCCCAGAGUUACGUGGUUGGGCUAGCGAUGUCCAACACCCGAGAGGCGGGCAGCAGUUUUCUGUAUAAUGCCGAUCGAUUUGGCCUCGUGCAGUGCACAGUGCCCCCGCAAUUCAACCUGUUUAAUGUUGGCGGGAAGUUAGACGUGGCACCGCUGUCUAGCGGACGCGGCGUUCGAGCCACGUAUUCCCUCGGCUCGCUUUGCAGUACAUUAGGCGUGGCCAACAACUACGGCUACGCGAAAACGUCCAUCGAGUUCAUUUGCGACCCUGCUGCAGUGUCGGUCACGCAGCCCGUGUUGAUGCCGUCUUCCGAGUGCAAUUACAAACUCACAUGGACCACCGCCGCCGCGUGUCCGUUGUGCGACCUUCCGCUCUUCACACCCACCAAGUCGGCAUGUUCGUUGAUGGGAAACCAAACGGUUACGUACGUGCCGGCCGUGCCUUGUGUGGGGGGGCGCCAGCCCCCGUCCCUUGUCACUGUGCAGACAUGUGCGAGCAUUACGUUGGACCAGCAAACGGCGGGUAUUGCAGCAGGGGUCGUGUUCUUGAUCCUUCUCCUCAUCGUGGGUCUCAUCGUCGGCUUUGUGGUGGUGUAUCGAAAGUACAAAGCGACGCUGCUGGAGUUUAUGUACUUGAAGGGUCAAGUGACAAGUCACGAAAUGCUCGAGUCAGGCAGCACCCGGUCGGCAGAUGGAGCGUACGAAUUCGAUCAAAAGGCCGGCACGCUGUCACCGGAAGCAUCCGUCGUGUCGGACGAAGCCGACGAAGAAGAAGAAGUGAACAUCAAGCCCAAGGCCAAUGUUGUCAUGUAGUAGUUUCAAUUAGUGCACGUCAUUUUGCAUAAUACGUACCUACACUCGUAAUUAAAUGCUCUUUGUACACGGUACUACCACCA